AAUGAGGAACCCAAUCAAAAUGUCCCCCUUCGAAUAAAAAUACAGAAGCGUCCUCCCUCCCUAGACCCUAGUUGUUUCUGCCACUGUUUCACUCAGAAAUGGCGACGUUCACAUCGAUUCAGCGUGCGCGAACCACUAUGCUCUCUUCCUCCUUCAAGCUUCGAACACACCUUAUCUAUGGCAACCACUUCACCCAAACCCUAACUACAAAAUCUCUAACCACCUCUGCACUUCCACACGAGUAUCAAAGAUUCCCUUCCCAGCAAAACCAACACCAACCACCCUCUGAUCCCACGCUUUUUCAGGGUCAACAACAAUGGCAGCAACAACAUCAACAUCAAACUCAACCUCAACAUUUCAACCCACAGACCCAUAACUACCCCAACCCUCCUCCCCCUCCCAAUCAAUUUCCUCAUCACCAUAACCAUCAAUCUCGCCAACACAAUGUUCCUCCUCGUCCAUUUCCAGAAAAUGGCCGAAACCAUAAUCAGUGGAACCCCCAACCCACACCACCUCAAAAUCUCAAUUUUCAAACACCCACUUCUCAAAAUCCAAACUUUCGCAUACCCACUACCCCAAAUCGAUGGAACAAUCAAAACCUUGCUACCCCUAAUCAGUGGAACCCUAGGUCUCAGGGGUUCCCAAACCCUAACCAAUUCCAAAACCCUAAUAACCAGUUGAACAACAAUCAAACCUCUGUUCAAUCACAAGCGUCCCCUGCUCCUCCUCCACAACCUCCUUCGAUCACUGAUUUGACACGUUUGUGCCGAGAGGGGAAAGUUAAAGAGGCAAUUGAAUUGAUGGAUAAAGGGGUCAAAGCUGAUGCUGGUUGCUUUGCCCUUCUGUUUGACUCGUGUGGACAAUCUAAGUCCCUUGAGGAUGCUAAGAAGGCCCAUGACCACUUUCUACAAUCCACUUUCAGGAGUGAUCUCACACUGAACAACAAGGUGAUUGAAAUGUAUGGGAAUUGUAAAAGCAUGACUGAUGCACGUAGGGUGUUCGAUCAUAUGCCCAACAGGGAUAUGGACUCUUGGCACUUGAUGAUGCGCGGCUACGCAAAUAACACCAACGGAGAUGAGGCAUUGCAGUUGUUUGAGCAGAUGAAUGAGCUUGGUUUGGAGAUCACUUCGGAGACUUUGCUUGCUGUGUUGUCGGCUUGUGCCAGUGCAGAGGAUGUGGAGGAUGCUUUCCUACAUUUUGAGUCUAUGAAAAGCAAGUAUGGAAUUGAGCCUGUUGUGGGGCACUACAUGGGGCUUUUGGAUGUUCUUGGACAAUCUGCAUACCUCAAGGAAGCUGAGGAGUUUAUUGACCAGUUGCCAUUUGAGCCCACGGUAGCUGUAUGGGAGAAACUGAAGCAUUAUGCUCGCGCUCAUGGAGACUUUGAUCUUGAAGACUAUACUGAAGAGUUGAUUGUUAGUCUUGACCCAUCAAAAGCUGUUGCCAAUAAGAUCCCCAUGCCACCUCCGAAGAAGUAUACUGCAAUUAACAUGCUUGAUGGCAGGAACAGAAUUAUUGAGUAUAAGAAUCCUACACUUUACAAGGAUGAUGAAAAGUUGAAGGCCUUGAGUGGGAUGAAAGAAGCAGGGUAUGUUCCUGACACAAGAUAUGUUCUUCAUGACAUUGAUCAGGAAGCAAAGGAGCAAGCCUUGCUCUACCACAGUGAACGUCUAGCAAUUGCCUAUGGUCUUAUUAGUACUCCACCAAGAACACCUCUUAGAAUCAUCAAGAACCUUCGAGUCUGUGGUGACUGUCACAAUGCCAUCAAGAUCAUGUCCAGGAUUGUAGGGAGGGAAUUAAUUGUCAGAGAUAACAAAAGGUUUCAUCAUUUCAAGGAUGGAAAAUGCUCUUGUGGGGAUUACUGGUGAAAGAAUCAUUACUUGAAAUCCUACAGUAGCAUGGACAUAUCAUUUUCUACCCGGCGUCUCCUUAUACCGGGAAAACAAAUGUGCGUGGAAGCUUUAACACUACUAGGAUAGGAGAUGAAAUAUGUAGUAUGCACUGAUUUAGAAUGUAUUUGCUUCUUGUUCAGAGAUAUUCACUUAAUCUCUCUCUCUCUACUCAGGGCUAAUACCUGUGAUCCCAUUAAAAUUUGCUCUUAACAUGGUUUUUGUAUAUUGGUUUUUUGGUUCCAGCAACAUAACACUAGCUGUAUUGAUUGAUCCAUGAAAAUUUGUAGAACAAGUUAGAUUGUUUGAAGUUUGGUUUUGAAAAGAUGUUUACAAGGAUA